AUGAACUUUGAUUGUGGCUCCUCUGAUUCUAGUGAUGAAAUCUAUGACUGGAUGUUAUUAAAUUUCAUUGAAGAGAACAAAACCAUGCAGGUGGUAGAGGAUGCAAUAAGAGUUGUUGCUCCCUCUGCCACUAAACAACGUGUUACUAAGGGAUCCAACUCAAAGAAAACCAGAACAUUUCUUCCAAGAGAUCGUGAAGGAGCUGACGACCGUUUAAUAUCAGAUUACUUUAGUAACACGCCAUUGUACGAUGAUAAAAAAUUUCGAAGGAGAUUUCUCAUGCAAAAACAUGUUUUUAUUCGCAUUGUCGAUACCUUAACCGAAGCCGACGAUUUCUUUAAACAAAGGCCAGAUGCAACUGGAAGACUUGGUGCCUCUCCACUACAAAAAUGCACUGCAGCAAUACGGAUGCUAGCAUACGACACUUCAGCUGAUCAUGUUGACGAGUAUUUGAAAUAUCAAUGUACUCAACGUUCACCUGUUUUCGACGAUUUGUUAAAUGGUCGAUCACCACAAAUUAGUUAUGUUGAGAAUGGGAAUACCUACACUCAAGGUUAUUACCUUACCGACGGUAUAUAUCCCAAGUGGGCAGGUGUCAUGGACGCUAUCACAGCUCCUCAAAAAGCUAAGAAAAAGUUAUUUAGUAAGAGACAAGAGAGUGUUAGAAAGGAUGUUGAACGUGCUUUUGGGGUAUUACAAGCAAGGUUUGCUAUAAUUCGUAAUCUCGCAUUGGUGUGGACCCCUGAGAUACUAUGGAAAAUUAUGAUGGUAUGUAUUAUCAUGCACAACAUGAUUGUAGAAGAUGAACGAGAAUCAUAUCAAAACUAUAGAGACCCAUGUGAUGACUUGGCUGAGGAACAACCGGAAAAUGUAGCCGGUUCAUCAACUGGAAAUGCUAAGGGACCAUUUCUUGUUACUCGUCGGCAGUUCACAGAGCGAAAUUUAAAUCAUUUUAUGGCAAGGAGGGAAGACCUUCGGAAUAAACAAAUGCAUAUGCGCUUGAAGAACGACUUGGAACAUAUAUGGAGAAAAUAUCAAGGAUCUAUUUCAUAA